ACUGGUGGCAUUUACAAAUACGAAUUUGAUAACAAAACAUUAAAAAAAUUCGAUUUCCAAAAUGAAAUGCCGUCUCAAACCUUCGCUUCGUUGCAAUUGAACAGCACUCAGCAGUGGUUAGGUGGAGCCAUGGACGGUGGGAGCAGAGACGCAGAUCCCUUAAUUGCAUGCGCGCCACAAUCGAAAGCUUUAGACAGCUCGAGUCAUUUAUUCAUGCACGGCUUUUGCUAUUGGACCAACAAUACACUCGAUAAUGGUGUUCUAUUACAAUAUGGUUUGACAUGGAAAAUUAGUCCUUUUUCGGACAAAGGCCGAGAGAAUAAGCAGAUUACUGAUAAAAGGCCUGAUUUUAUGUUUGGUGAGCUUGGUUUUAGUGUGCACAUGACGCCGAAUAAUGAAGAGAUUAUAAUCGGUGCACCAGGCAUAUAUCGGUGGUCAGGAGCAACAAUACACGUUGAUGUUCUAAAUCGAAGUCCUGACUCUUCGAAACAUGGUACCAUACCAUUUACGUACAAAGGAUAUGCAGUAGCAUCCGGCUUUUUCGAAAAAAAUAAUCAACAACUAUAUUACGUAGCUACAGUGCCACGAGCUUAUCAACUAUUGGGGCAGGCACUAAUAUACACAAGAAAAUUUGGAGCUUAUAAACAAGUCUUAAACCUGGCAGGCGAACAAUAUGGUGAGCUUUUCGGCUAUGCCGUACUGGUAGAGGAUGUGAAUGGCGAUGGUUUAGAUGAUAUUCUCAUAGGUGCGCCAUAUCGCACGGUAAAUGGCAUUUUAGAAUCGGGUGCAGUUUAUAUGUAUAUAAAUCGGGGAGUGAAAGGUCAGUUAAAUUUCAAGCCCUUGAUCAUAGAGUCGCCUCUGCUCAAUCGAGGACGCUUUGGAACAACGCUCAGCAGCCUAGGUGAUGUAAAUGGAGAUGGUUAUAAGGACAUAGCCAUUGGUGCGCCGUUUGCCGACGGUGGUGGUGCUGUCGCUAUUUAUUUUGGCAGUUCAACCGGACUAGCUGAGCAGCCAAGACAGAUUUUGAAUGUAAGCGACCAAUUCGCCGAUGGUAUGUUUGGACAUGGUCUCUCCAAAGGUGUUGACAUAGAUGCGAAUGGCUUCAAUGAUCUGGCUAUUGGUGCGCCAAAUGCAGAUACAGUCUUUAUUUAUCGCGCCUAUCCAGUGGUGAAAGUUAUUGCAACCAUACGACCUUUGCACCACCUAAUUCCCACAACUGCAACUAAUCUUCAAUAUGAAAUCUGCUACAGUAUUUUAACAAAUUCCACCAAAGAUCAGAAGCGAGAAAUUUUAUUAGACUUGACUGUCGAUGCAAAAGAGAAGCGGGUAAAGAUUUUGAGUUUUAAAAAUAAUGCAACCUUUACAGCGAGCCGAUUGCCAAAAUGUACGACAUACAAUGAUUCUCUCAAAUUCGAUUUUCGCUAUGAAUUUGUGCCGAUAGUUUUGAAACUUUCAUAUCGAUUAAAGUAUGAUGCGAAGGCGUGGAGUGGUGCAG